CGUCAUUCGCCAAACUCAAGUUCGUCUGGUUCACUAUGCAAACAUGUAUUUAUAUCGAAUAUGGGUCACCAAAAGUUAGUCAUAGAUUUGUGGUAAUGCACUACCAGAGAUACGUUCGUAUCUUCAGGUAUAAAGGAUUCAUGGCUGCCCGUGCUUUUUAGGCACGAAGGUUACGGUUGGCCUGRUUGUCGGCGGUAAGAGCAUCGGCAACCAGAACACGAGAUCCGUGGGCGUAGAGGUCAUCGGUCAUAUCAUCACGUUGUUCCAUCAUAUCGGCACACAUCUUGUCGAAGGAGGAGGCGGAGAUCAUGUGGCACUUGCGGUCGACCUGCCAGGUGAUGGGGGUGUACUGGGAGCACACAGUGUUGUCACGGCUGGUUCCGGUGGUGGAUCCAGUGUACAUGGCCAUAUCAGAUCCCAUUCCAAGGGUGGGCUCAACGAUCAUUCCCUUGAUAAGGUCAGGGUAGUAGUAGCUCUCGUCGUUCACGAUAACGAAGACUUGUGCCUGGACACCAACGUUGGAGGCAAUGUCUUGGGCUUGAAGAGUGAGGAGAGUGUCCAUAUCCAAGUUGCAGAAGACUCCAUCGUAGAAGGGGGUCUGGUACUGGUUGGGGGUUCCACAGGCUCCGGCGGCAGAGUGAGGCCAGUGGACUUCAUAGGUCUGUCCGACCUCCAUGGAAGCAUCACAGAACUUCCAUUCGUAAGGCUUGGUGAACUUCUCGUCCUCGGCAUCGUAGAGGUUGCACUGGUACCCCUGGCGAGCCUUACCAGCAAGCUUGCGGCGUUCGUGKACAGGGGUAGGACCGCACAUGCCACCUUCCACGAGGUCACGGUGGUCGUCGUAGUGGUCCUCACAAUCGUAUUCGCCUGCAGAAUAGUGCUCGGCACCCAAGUGCCAGUGGACAUUGACAGGGCAAAGUCCGGCUUGGUAGUAAGGAGUAGUGAUGGGYUCGACAUCCACUUCCAAGCCUCCGACGUAUCCAGCAGUGACAUUGGCACCGGCCUGUGGUCCGACGUUGACCACUUCUCCGCUCACAUCGGCGCCAUCGUCAAGAGCUUCGAUGAAGCAUUCKACGUUGGGAAGGUCGAUCUUCUUCUUGUAGCAGACAUUGGGUGCUUCCAAUGUGGUCUUGGAGGUCAUGAGGCUGAAGUCCAUGCUCUCGGCGCUUUCGACGACAGGUGCCGCAGGAGCGGCAUCAUUUUUUSYGAGCUGGGCCGUCACGGCAAUGGCCCAGACAAGAAAACCAAGGGCGGCAACACUGAGAAUCAUAGUCUUCUGGUCGGUGGGCUUGGUGGGUUCAGUAGCAUCAACCAUCUUGAGUGUAAAGCUUUAAAAGGAUCCUUGGGAUAUAGGCUGCGAACGGAAGUGACAAAAAGUCUUUCAAAACGAUAGGUUUUUGAUUUGUGAGGGCAGCCAUAGUUUGUCAUUUUUCUGUCAAUCAAAGCAAAAGUACGGGAACUUCUUGGGUGAGACCAGAUUUCAAAUAUUUUUAGAUUUUCUUCGCUCUUGCAAACUCCUCAGGUACGUACUCGUACGUACSAAUAGAACCUGAACUACGUC